UCUACUCUUUCUCAGAAAACUAAAACUAUUUCAUCAGUUACAACUCCACAACAUCCAUCACCUAGGUCUUUUCCUGCACCUCACUAAAAAAACCCUUAUCUUUUUCUUCCUCUCCUUUUGCCCUUUUGAUUCGAAAAUAAAACUCAUCUUUGGUUUUCUCCCGUUAAACUAUUACACUGUUGGAGUUUUCAUAUACCCUAAAGUCCUGCAGGUCUAAAAAGUUUAAGUUGCAUUGUGAAAAUCUAAGAGGAGAUCGAUUGUUUCAAUUACUUAAUCACAAAUCAAUGGAGAACAAGAGGUGGUUAAACAUAGUAGUUGAUGGCAACAAAGCUUUGGAGCAAUAUUGGACCGACAUUCUUUCAAACUAUCUUGAAAAAAUUGUCAGGUGCUUUGUUGGUGAAAGCCAAGAGCAGGAAAGUUAUCUUGGAUUAGUACUUUAUAAUGCAAACUCUGAACUAGUGGAAGCAGGCUAUGACAUGCAAUUUAUAAACUGGACUAAAGAUGUGAAUAAAUUUAUGGGAAAUUUAUCACAUUUAUCUUUCAAUGGAAAUGAUGCAAAUCAAUCUACCAUGGCAGAAGGCCUAGCAGAAGCUCUAGUGAUGUAUCCAAAGCCAUGUGAUACAAUGACAGAAAGAGAAUACUAUAAUUCAGAAAGACAUUGUAUUCUAGUUGCUCCAGGUGAUCCUGCUCCUAAAAGUAUGCUAGUGUGUUUGCCAAUGAUUCAAAGAGCUCAAGUUAUUGGUCAAAGAUUAAAGGCUUGUCAGGCCGAUUUUCUCGAGGUCGCCAAAACAUGUGUCCCGCUAGCAGUUUCCAUGUCAGUGAUAACUCCUAAUCCAGUUCCAAUUUUUGGAGCCAUAUUUAAUAUGGGAAACAAUGUGUUAACAUUGUCAAGUGCUCCAAUCUCAAGUUACAGCACUGGCCAAUUAACUGUUUUACUGUCGAAAAACUUCAAAGAGGCACACAUUGCACUCAAAGAAAAAGGAAUAAUGGAAUAUCCUUCAACAACAAGUGUAGGAUCAUUUAGUGCAACACCUGAUACAACACUUUUCAGAGCUUUCUCUACCAAUCUUCAAGAAGAACAAGUCUCCUCCUCUAUGGCAAUAGGAGACAGAAUACACGAAACUGGCAAUGCUAUAACACCGGAGCCUGUAAGCACCUCGCAACAUAAUUCACAGGAGUUGGUUGUAUCAAAAGCUACAGAUCAGGAGAACAUUGUUCAAAUGAAUCUAUACGAAGAUAUCAUGUCUGAGCUUGACAGCGACGAUGAUCUUUUUAAACCGAAUAAAAGAUCAAAAACAUUUGCACCACUAGAGGAUGACGCUGAUCUGCAAGAUUUUUUCAAAUUUGAUCAAAACACUUUUUUUGAUGGUUUUGACCAAUUCCUUGAACAACAAGAUCAACAAGUAAUGAACCAACAACAGAUUCCGACGGAAGAAGCUGGAGUAGAUUUUGCAAAAGAGCUGCAAGAAAUUCUGAAUGGUGCUUCAAGGAAUACAUCAACAGCUCAAACUGCCAAUGUUGAAUGUACCACAAGUUCAUUUCAGGAAGUGAACGUUCAACCCGAAGAACUACGAGCUCCUGCUCCAAAUGCCGGAGAAGGGUCUUCGACAGGGCUACUUCAUGAAAGCAAUUUACAGUUAUGGUAUAAUCCUCACGCCAUGACGAGCACAUCAACAUUGGAUUCUCAGAGUUUCCCAACUAAUGCUUUCAAUGGGAAUAUGACGAGCAUAUCAACAUUGGAUUCUCAGAGUUCCCAAACUAAUAAUUUCAAUAGGAAUAUGACGAGCACAUCAACAUUAGAUUCUCAGAGUUUCCCCACUAAUGCUUUCAAUGGGAAUUUUACAUUUUCUAAUGUAAUGGCAAACUCUCAGAUGCAGCAACCUCAACCAGUCUCAUCACAAAACCAGUUUUCCGGGUUUCCUGGUUUUGCUAGAGGACAAAUAGGCAACUUCUCGGGGCAGCCUGUUGGACAAACGGGAAACUUCUCGGGGCAGCCUGUGGGACAACAUUUUCAGGCCUACAACCAUUUCCUGAGGAAUAAUAACACGGCAGCGUAUAAUCUUCCUGCAUUUGGAGCAAACACUUGGCUUCGUCCGAUGCAAAGCUUGUCUCCCUCGUAUCCGAGUGCGAGAAUGCAUUUCCCUACCCUCGAAGAAAUACAAGACUACGUUCAAACAUGGGAGGGAACUCUAGCAGGAAAAAUUACGUCUAGCCGCACGACCAUCUUGAGAGCAAAGGCUUUCAAGAAAUCAAGUACGCCACCAACGCUUACACUUGGCUGGCCUGGUAGGUUGGAGAUUAGCAACUAUCUACCUCAAAAGGCUCUCCUCCAUACCAGGAGAUUUUCCCAACCAAUACAUUAUCUUUUCUUUCAUGUGGCUAAGUAUGGCAAUGUAGAUCUAUACAAUCACUGUAAAACCAGAAAUAAUUGUGCAAAAGUAGAUCUACAGUUCCAAACAAUAAUACUGUCUCCAACUGAAAGAGAACCACUCUUUGUUGGAACAGUAUUCCCUGGGGGAACAAUAUUUAUAGAACAAGCAUAAUAAUCAGAGAAUAGAAGUCUUCUUUUUUCAUGUGAUGAAGCUGGUGUAAUCACAUGAAUACCUUCAAGUAGAUGGAAGUGUUCUGUGUAUUAUAAUGUUUCCAGGAAGACUUGAUUAGGAACAUGUAAAUUAUCAUUGUAAAUAUAUCUGAGCAGCAUUCAUGAAAAGUUAAGCUUUUUGUGUUGAUUACCACUGUAACCAAACUUUUUCCCACUAAGUGGGAUCGACUACAUGUAUCAAAUUACGCCAUAAUGUUAUAUCAUAAAUCAUAAUUUAAUCCAACUCCUUAAGCUCCAAGUCUUUUCUAUUA